UUUUCCAAACAAAGUUGCAGGCAAGUACAAAAAGCGCGCGAAAAGCUUUUCUGUUAAACCCAGACGCCAUGCCUGAGCUUCCCGAAGUUGAAGCGGCGAGAAGAGCAAUCGAGACGCAUUGUUUGGGCAAGAAGAUCAAAAGUUCCAUCGUCGCGGACGACCCAAAGGUCAUCGAUGGCGUCUCUCCCUCAGACUUCCAAGCCUCUCUGCUCGGCAAAACUAUCGUUGCUGCUCAUAGAAAGGGCAAGAACAUGUGGCUUGAGCUCGAUUCUCCUCCAUUUCCUUCAUUCCAGUUUGGAAUGGCUGGUGCUUUAUAUAUUAAAGGGGUUGCAAUAGCGAAAUAUGUGAGGUCUGCAGUAAAUGACACUGAUGAGUGGCCUUCCAAAUAUUCCAAGUUAUUUAUGGAAUUAGAAGAUGGUUUAGAGCUAUCUUUUACCGAUAAGAGGCGGUUUGCAAAAGUUCGCUUGCUUAAAGAUCCAAAAUCAGUGCCCCCAAUAUCUGAACUUGGUCCUGAUGCACUCUAUGAGCUUAUGCCUGUAGAUGAGUUUGCUGAAUCCUUGAGCAAAAAGAAGAUUGCAAUUAAGGCUUUAUUACUUGAUCAGAGUUACAUUUCGGGCAUUGGCAAUUGGAUCGCUGAUGAAGUUCUCUAUCAAUCAAGAAUUCAUCCUCUGCAACAUUCUUUCAGCUUGUCAAAAGAGAGCUGUGAGACUCUUCACAAGUGCAUCAAAGAGGUUGUCCAGUAUGCGGUUGAAGUUGAUGCUGAUAGCAGCUGUUAUCCAAUUGAGUGGUUGUUUCAUUUUCGUUGGGGGAAAAGAUCUGGAAAAGUGAAUGCCCUGGAGGUUGGAGCAGAUAGUAGUCAGUUUCCUAGUAGUUGGAUUUUUCAUUCUCGUGAAAAGAAACCUGGCAAGGCAUUUGUUGAUGGGAAGAAAAUUGAUUUCAUCACUGCAGGAGGCAGGACAACAGCCUAUGUGCCGGAGCUGCAAAAACUAACAGGAAAGAAAACAGGGAAGGCUCCUAGUAGAUCCACAAAGCAGUCUUCUGACAAAGAUGAAAAUGGAGACGGUGAGGAUGAGGACGAGCUAGGAAGUAACAAGGAAACAACUGAAAAAGCCAAGUCCAAGAAAGGCCAGAAGACAAGUAGAGGUGCAGCAAUGAAGCCUCCUGUGAAGAGAUCCAAAGAAAGUGGUAGCGAUGACGAUGGAGAUGAUGGUGAAGAGAAAAAAACAACCAAGAUGUCUAAGACCCAAAAAACAAAGGUGGAGACAUCUCAAAAGAAACUCAAGAACAGCAAUACGAGUGCACACUUAAAGAAGAAAGCAAAGAAGUAGGAUGCCAUGGAGAUGAUUAUAAGAAUCUUGCCCUCUCCUUUUCAUAUUUUGGUAGAAGAGAACAUAUUUAGUAGAUUAUUGUCCUUUUGUUUCAGCUUUCUUGUGGUCCAUGCUGAAUGGACUUCAGAGAAAGAAUUGACUAGUUGGUUCUCUUCAC